UGUCAAAUAUAGCAAAAAACGCGAAAAUAAAUCAAUAAUUUAUCAGUACUGGUGAUUAACGUGCCAACACGCACCUCCAAGUCAUCAAACAUUCCACAAAAGUUGCGCUCUUAUCGCUAAUCGCACAGUUUCGAGUGUGUUACAACAAUCGAGCGUAUUCACUUGGUGAUUUGGCGUGGAACAGUGAACAAUCGGAAAUCAGUUUAAAAAAAAUAUGGCAGACGAUCUGUUGCAAGGCCUGAAAGAUGCAGUGGAUAAUCUGGAUCAAGGGGAAGAGCCUGGCGCGGAGGAUCCCCAGGACAGGAUAAAACAGCUGCUGAAGGCGCUCAAAGAUUUGCCGGGGAUCAGUGAUGAGCAGAAGGAGAAUUUGGCCAAAAGUGUUCUGGGCGGUGAACCAGGCUCUCAGCUGCCAUUGGGCAGCCCUAUAGCGAACCCUUGGCUAGAGUUUGCAGUGCUCUUUGGACUGAUCAGUUUCGUUAUUCUACUGUUAGGUUUUAUCGGGUACCGACUCUACCAGAACAUGAUCGACCAGGACAGGCGGAAAGAGCUGAAGAGGCUGAAGAAGGAGCAGCGAAAGAGGAAAUGAACCCCAUUUUUUUCAUAUACACUAUGUAAACUCGUGGAAUUAAAAGCAGUAAAACGUUCCGUGCGUACCUUUUAAAUUUUCCCUUAGAAAACUUUCGGUAGUAUGGAACCCGACACUUUUUUGCUGCAUCCAAGAACGUACAAAUUACAGAGAUUUUUUAUUGCAUUUCUAUAAGAGAUGAAAGACACACUCAUUCCCUACUUUGAGGAAAAAUUGCAACUUUCGAAGCCUGCAAGUUUGGAAAGUACGCAUUUUUGUUCAAAAGCUUGCAGAUUUCCGAGUCAAAAACCGCCAGCAAGUUUAAGUUUUAGAGCACGCCGUUGUUGUCGCUCUGACGUUGAAGUCAUCAUGACCGAUAUUUUCGCCAUGCCUAAAACCAUGCUGUUUCCAGACGAAUUAAGCAGCUGUUUGAAAGAUCAGAGCGCGGUAUUUGCGCAAGAAAAUGCCGUACUUAAGCGCGACCUGGUCGGCUUGGAAGACAAAUAUGCCCAGAUGCAAGUGGAGACCGAGUCCCUGAAAAAUCUCCUGCACGACAGGGAAAAAGUGCUGCUGCCCCAGUUCGCCGCCUCGUCUCAGAACGUCAGCUCAAAAAUUGUGGAACUGAGCAAAAGCUACCGGGAGAAGUGCUCAGAACUGGAGAAGUACAAAACCAGGUGUUCCAAGUUGCAAACCCAACUGCAAGAAAGCAAAUCACGAGAGCAACCGGACAAGGAUCCGCCAAAGCCGGCAGUAGAAAAAUCUGAAGACUCAACCGCCAAAGAGAAGCAGCUGCAGAAGCUGAGUGCAAUGACGAGCAAAAUGCUAGAGCUGAAAAACGCCAACAUGCAGCUGAAUAACGAGCUGAAGCAAGCGAGGAAGCUGCUGCAGCAAGAAAUCGGCCAGGACAUGGAAACACUGCAGGCAAAUGGCAGCUGGAAGGGGCGCGCUCAGAUCAUCUGCGACUUGGUGGAGAAAAACAAGAAAUUGAAGGAAAAGUUGAAAAACGCCUCAGCAGACCCGCAAGGUGCGAGAACAGACUCCCAUACCAACGAGCGAAUAUCCAACAGAGUGUCGAGCCUGGAAAACGAAAAUCACGACCUAAAAACGCAACUGCAGUGCUAUAAAAGCAAGGGCGAGUCGUUGAAGUCGCGCUGCCAAAUGCUGGAAUCGGAGCAGCAGGCUUUGAAGCUGCGCGUCCAGGACGUGAAGGAGCGCAGCGCCAGUGACUUGGACCUGAUUGCCAGCAUGUCCAGUCAGCUGGCUGAAGCUGAGCAUGCGAAAAGGAGCGCAGUCAAAGAACGGGAACUGGAAAUCGCCAAACUGCGUUUGGAAAUUGAAAACCUAAAAGCGCAAGUUGAGAACUACAAAACGCUCAUGGACGGUUUCAAGCGCAGCAAAGACUGCCGGGAAGCAACCACGCAGAAUUGCCAGAAGAACACUGAGGAGAUUGGGCAAAGUAUUGCAAAACUGGAAGAGCAGAAGCUGAAGCUUCUGGAGCUGGUGAAACUGCACAAGAAAAGGAUUGAGGAUGAAAGAAGCGAACGGCAAAGGUGUGAGCAACUUCUGCGAAUGGAACGUCAAAAAUCAGUACGCCUCGAGUCUACUGUCGCAAAGUCUGAACUGGACUGCGCAGCCCCAAGCAGAUCACGUUACAGCACACCGUUGAACAGGAAUUCGGAAAUUAGUCUGCAAGACCAAUUAGAGCUGGCCGAAGAAAACAUCAAGGCGCUACAGACCCGACUGCAACUGGAACAGGGGGAAAGGAGGCAGGAUUUUCAGGAAUUUGCCACUAUAUUAUCAACAACGAAAAUCUCCAGCAUACCAGGACAGCACAAUUAACCCUCAGUCCAAUAACAAUAAUAAUUGUUUAAUAAUCUACAACUUUAAAGCAUUUCAAAAAAUAUAACUAAUAUUGGUAUACACCGCAGAAAUUACAAACUAACAAAAAUAGAAUUAUACACUGCGAGCAAUAAUGCUAAUAUUAAUUAUAUCGUUAACAAUAUGGUCGGAAAAUACAUUGAUAAUAUUGCGUACGUAACUUCAGGGUACAUGAAGAAUAGAUAAAUGCAAUUACGAAACGGGCAUUACAACCUCUUGUUUCCGUCGAAUAUAAAUUGUUUUGGCUAA